GGUGAAGCGUCCCCUUCGUACACUAUGGCUGGCUGAUGGUCCAGUAGACAGUACACCUUUAAAGAUGGGUAUUAUUCACCUCUUGUCCAGGCUAAAGAAGACUCUCUACAGUAUCUUCAGCCUCUGCAGCCUGGCAUGGAUCACAUCAGCUUUAACAUUUGGAUCAAGGUCAUCUACAGAGGAAAAUACACAUAUGCUAUUUGCAAAGCAGGAUAAAAAUUCAGAUGAUGAGGAACUGAGAGAUGAACUGAGAAGGAUACGAGAUAUCAACACUUCUUCCAUUAACAAGCUAUAUAGAUUUGAAGAGAAAAUUGAAAACCUAGAGACUGACUUUUCAGGGGAGAAGGAAUUGUGGAGAACAAAAUUUCAAGAGCUCUUUGUAGACCAACAAAUUCUGAAAGAGCAGCAGCAGCAAUAUGUUCACCUUGAAGAGACAACAUCAGAAAACUUGUGCCCACAAAAUGCUGAUGCUACUGAUGGCUUAGUUGAAUCAAAUGUUGAUGUGAGAGAUGGGAUGCACAGACGACUUGGGGAGCAAGUGAAAACUGAACAUGGCAAGAACUGGGCAUACGUGAAUGAGUAUACCAGCCUAGAAGAACCUUCUUCUCUCAAGUACUCUUCUUUACCUACAUCAUGUUCCUCGGUCUUCUAUCACGAUAGGACUGUGACUGUGACGAGGGGACAUCCUCUGCGUCUGGAGGAAAGAAGUACCAACGCCCAGAAGGCUUUUAAAUGUUUCCGUGUAUUUGUCCCUCGUUCACCUCUUGAUCUGAACAUUGGGAGCAGAGUGAAAAUACUUUUACCCUCUGGUAAAGUUGGCACUGGCAUAGUUUAUAAAGUUGGACAUCUGCCUGGAAAAGAUGAACUGCAAGUGGGUGUGGAUUUGGAGUCUCAAGAAUGCUGGCAACAUCUCAGCUCGUUUAAAGUACAAUACAAAUUCCACAGUGAUCCACCCUCGGGCGUGCAAGUACCUUUCAGCAAAGUACUGAUGGUUUGGGAAUGAACAAAUUCUAUGAUGUUGGCCUUUUUUGACUGCAUUGUAGUCAGAUCAUUUUCAUAUGGAAGUAAUUUCUCUUCUGAAGGCUUAUGUAGACCAUAUCCUCGGCAUAUCAGUGAUUUCUUGGCUUUUUCACUAGGAGUGUCCUAUCAUUCGGAUUUAGCUUAAUAAAACAAUAGGUGUGAUUAUAUUGUACUUCUA